CAUCUGUGAACCAGGCGAGGCGGAAGAGGAACUAACGAUUACAGUCGAGGUUUCCAGUCGACAACAUAAAGUACCGUAACAACAUCCGUGAAUGAGUUUCCACACUUAAAUACCGGCAAAUUAACGACGUUUGGCAACUAAACCAAGAAUCUCGGUGACUGACGUGAGUAAAUCCAAGAAGAGAAAAGCGGUCAUGACGUCACUGGGGAGCAGCAGUUCCUCAGCCACAGAAUACACUGUGCGUGUCCCCAAAAACACCAGCAAGAAGUACAACAUCAUGGCCUUCAAUGCAGGAGACAGAGUCAACUGUUCAACUUGGACACAGGCUCGAAUGGAAAGAGACAUGAGUGCUCGUCGUAUAUAUGGGGAGGAAGAGACAACAGAAGGUGCAGCCGGAAGUGAGUUUGGCAAAAAACAGCGUGAGGAAGCACGACGCAAGAAGUUUGGAAUUGUGACACGUGAAUUCAAAGUUGAGGACCAGCCCUGGAUCCUCAAGGUCAAUGGCAAGGCUGGAAAGAGGUUUAAAGGUCUGAAGAAGGGCGGCGUUACAGAAAAUGCAUCAUACUACAUCUUCACACAGUGUCCCGAUGGAGCGUUUGAAGCCUUCCCUGUUCAUGGCUGGUACAACUUUACCCCACAGGCCAAACACCGAACUCUCACUGCUGAGGAGGCUGAGGAGGAGUGGGGCAGGAGGAACAAGGUUGUGAAUCACUUCAGCAUCAUGCUUCAGAGGCGUCUCCGGGAGCAGGAGCACGGUGAAGAUGAGGGAGAUGAGGCAGAGAAAUCGGGGAAGAAGAAAAAAAAGGGGGGCAGAGGGGGUGACCUGUGUAUUCAUGACCUAGAGGAUGACCUGGGCAUGAGCAGUGAUGACAGUGACAGCAGUAUGGGAGAUGAUGGUGAGAACAAGUCUAAGGUCAAGAAAAACACAGGUAAAGGAGCUAAGAAGAAGAAGCCAAAAAGCAGUGAUAAGGAGGCUUUGGAAGACAGUGAUGAUGGUGACUACGAGGGUCUAGAGGUGGAUUACAUGUCAGAUGAAAGCAGCUCAGAUGAAGAGCCAGAAAAAGGAAAGCCCAACAAAGGAGAGGAACUUCCUAAAGGCAUUGAUGAGGCAUCUGAAAGUGAAGAGGAGAGCGAGGAAGAAAAACAGAAUGACGCUGAAGAAAAAGAGGAGGAAGAAGAGGAGGAAGGGAAGAAAACCCCAGUCCAAAUUGAAAAGAAGAAGAAAAAGGACAGCAGCGGAGAGUCAGACACCUCGGAUGACAGCGACAUUGAGGGAGAGACGGCUUCUGCUUUGUUCAUGGGACAUGUUACUCAGAAAAAGCGCACUCCACCAAAACGUGGAGGGCGUGGCUCUGCAGGCAGCUCCAGGACUGGCAGUCGCCCUGGGACACCAUCCAUAGACUCCGCCUCCACUUCAAAUACACUGCGUGCAGCUGCUAGCAAGUUAGAGCAAGGUAAGCGACAGAUUCAGGGUCCUGGCACUGACUCACCAGCUGCAAAAAGGCUGAAGAUGGAGCCUAGCAGUCAGAGUCCUGUUCCUUCUGGGAAGAGUACGCCUCAACCUCCAUCGGGAAAAUCCACCCCAAGCUCCAGUGAUGUGCAACUGACGGAGGAAGCUGUGCGGCGCUAUCUGAUCCGUAAACCGAUGACGACCAAAGAUCUGCUUAAGAAAUUUCAGACCAAGCGCACCGGCUUGAGCAGUGAGCAGACUGUCAACGUGCUGGCACAGAUCCUGAAACGCCUUAAUCCUGAGCGCAAGAAUAUUAAUGACAAAAUGCACUUCUACCUCACCGAAUAACUGAUGGACUGAAGGGAUGGUUAGGUGUGUGCAAAUGUAAAUGGCUAAUGCUGUGACAUGCCAUAGGAUCAGAGUUUGAAAAUGUAUUCAGAGUUCAUUCAAUUGUAUUUUUUGGAGGUUCAGUGUGUAAGGUUUAGUGGUAUGUUGUAGUGAAGGUGCCGAUCGCAGGCCCCAUACCCUCCCCUGAAGCUGCCUUCGGGUUACGUAAAAAUGGCUACAUCUCGAGAGCUAGUAUUUGUUUUUCUGUUCUUGAUAGUGGUAAAAACAUGGUGAUGUCAGACUCCAUGGUAGAGGAUCCAUUCCUGAAGUAGCUGUAAGGGUGAUACCAAGACGACGAAAACGGGGUCCUUACUUUCAGCUGAUAAUAGAUGAAUGGAAACACAAUGCAAAUAUAAACCAAUUCUGCUAAUCGAUCUGUCCUUUACUUAUCUUGAAAUAACUUUUCACUUCACAAAAUGUCACACUAAAUAAAAAAAAGACUGUUGAUGUUGAGUGAGAAACACCCCAGACUCUGUAAAGUGUUUAACUUGGAACAGGAGAUAAGUCCUUAAAUGUGAUUUUCUUACACGUUUUUCUAAUAAAAAUGUAAAAAGUG